GAAUGAGAUAUGGCCGCUCGCUUUGAACAAAUUUAGUUUAACAAAUUAAGACACUUGGAUUCCUUUACCUUACACCCAAAUCGAAUCAAAAAAAAGGUUAAGACAACAGAACCAAUGGCCGGAAUCGGACCUUUAACUCAAGACUGGGAACCGGUGGUUAUUCGGAAAAAGGCCCCAAGCGCCGCCGCCAAGAAGGAUGAGAAAGUCGUCAACGCCGCCCGUCGGGCAGGCGCCGAGAUCGAAUCCAUCAAAAAAUCAAAUGCUGGGACGAACAGGGCAGCAUCAAGUAGUACUUCUUUGAACACCAGGAAGCUUGAUGAAGAAACUGAAACUCUUACUCAUGAUCGAGUGUCAACUGAACUAAAGAAAGCCAUCAUGCAGGCUCGAAUGGAGAAGAAACUUACCCAGGCUCAACUUGCUCAGGUGAUCAAUGAGAAACCCCAGAUUAUACAAGAGUACGAAUCUGGAAAAGCCAUUCCUAAUCAACAGAUAAUUGGUAAAUUGGAGAGGGCUCUUGGUACAAAGCUGCGAGGGAAGAAGUGAGGCAGGUCUUGUAGUAAACAUCAAACAGAACUCAAAUCUAAUCCAGCAUCUGUGGCCUAAAUCUUGGUGGUGUAAAUGAACGUUAUCUACCAUUGUUAUGGCUCGCUUGCAAGAACAAUGUCUUUGACUUCGUGUGAUGACUAGACUGAAAUAGAGUGUGUGUUCUUGACUCUUACAUGGGAUUUUCUGUGCUGUUUGUGGUUUGCUGUUGUCCAUUUCGAAUAAUUUCCGUCAGAGACACCCCUUUGGUAAUACAGAUGAAGAGUUCAGCUGUUAAAAACACCAAUAACAAUAUGUUUGGCGUUUUAACUUGUUGCAAUUGGAAUUUUAUGCUUGGAAAUAUUAUAUUAACAUGGAUUUGCUUGCUGCC